AUGCCGUCCCACACUGACCAUGGAAACCCCCACCCCCUUCAACAUCACCACCAAGGUGCAGAGACUCAAACCCCCAAGCGGCAUAGAAAAAGACUAGUCACUCAUCAGAGUGGUAGCACACACCCCUUAAUCUGGCUUGCUGCUAUUCUCUGCACAAUCAUAGCCAUAGGUGUGGUCAUUGCAGGCAUAGUAGUGUUCAUUGGUUUCUUGGUCUUACACCCUAGGGUCCCUAUCAUCAGCAUCACCUAUGCUCAUCUAGACCUUCUCAGAAAUGACUAUGCUGGUUUGCUCCAAACCCAGAUCUCCAUUCUCGUGAGAGCACAGAAUGGAAAUGCAAAGGCUCAUGCAACUUUUACUAAUGUAAGGUUCAACCUUAGCUACCAAGGCCAAGGCAUUGCUGUGAUGGUUGCUGAACCCUUUGAUGUUCCCAAGAACAGUUCAAAGUACCUUAAUUAUGUUGUUCAGGCCUCCUCUAUACCCUUAACUCCUGAUCAAAUGGAGGGAGUGGAUCAAUCUUGGAAGCGAAAUAUCAUAGGCUUUGACUUGAAGGGAAACGCGUAUACACGGUGGAGAAUAGGACCUUUAGGUUCUGUUAAGUUCUGGGACAAUCUGGAGUGUACUCUUAAAUUUCACCCCUUGAAUGGGAGUUACAUUCCCUCACGAUGCACCUCUAAAUCAAAAUGA